AUGGCCACGGAGAUCGGCGCCAUCCACGCACAGAUCCACCAGGCGUCGCAGGAGGACGACGACACGCCACUCAAGAAGAAGCUCAAUGAGUUCGGGGAGGCGCUCACCAAGAUCAUCGGCCUCAUCUGCGCACUCAUCUGGCUCAUCAACGUUAAGUACUUCCUCACCUUCGACCUCCAGGGGGGAUGGGUGCUCAGGAACGUCAGCUUCUCCUUCGAGAAGUGCACCUACUACUUUGAGAUCGCCGUCGCGCUCGCCGUCACCGCCAUACCUGAGGGCCUGCCCGCCGUCAUCACCACCUGCCUCACGCUCGGGGCCAGGAAGAUGGUUGCCAAGAAUUCGCUCGUCGGGAAGCUGCCUAGCGUCGAGACCCUCGGCUGCACCACCUCGGCUGGAAGACCAGGUCUGCAAGAAGCAAUGAAGCUUGUCGCUUGGAAUUGCCGGAGGUCUGGGCAACUGUCGGGUAGUUUCAGGGCUUCUGGAACUCCAGAAGUCUGGGUGUGUAGACAUCCUUUUUCUGCUAGAGACAAAACUGAAGGAAAGUAG